CUCUCACCGCAAACUUUCCCGAGCCCAGACCCGCGGCGCAGAGCUCCCGGCAGCUCCGGCGCUGACUGCCGACAGGGGGCUGAGAGCGCGCCUGUGUCCAGUGUCCCAUCCCCGCACCCCGGCGAGCUUUGGAGAGAACAGGACGAUGUCUGGGCCUGGCGUCCGAGUCGAAGCCCCGUCGAGAUGGCUGGGCACUGGGCUUUUGGGUCUCUUCCUGCUCCCCAUGUCCCUGUCGCUGGAAGUGUCUGUGGGAAAGGCCACCACCAUCUAUGCUGUCAACGGCACCGAGAUCCUGCUGCCCUGCACCUUUUCCAGCUGCUUUGGCUUCGAGAACCUCCGCUUCUGGUGGUCCUACAACAGCAGCGAUACUUUCAAGAUUCUCAUAGAUGGGAUUGUGAAGAAUGAGAAGUCUGACCCCAAGGUGAAGUUGAAAGAAGAUGACCGUAUCACUCUGGAGGGUUCCACUAAGGAGAAGGUGAACAACAUUUCCAUUCUGCUGAAGGACCUGGAAUUUAGUGACACCGGCAAAUACACCUGUCAUGUGAGGAACCCCAAGGAGAACUUUCUUCAACACCAGGCCACCAUCUUCCUCCGUGUCGUUGACAAACUGGAGGAAGUGGACAACACGGUUACGCUCAUCAUCCUGGCAGUCGUGGGCGGGGUCGUUGGAUUCCUCAUCUUCAUCCUGCUGCUCAAGAAGUUCAUUACCUUUAUCCUCAAGAAGACUCAGGAGAAGAAGAAGGAGUGCCUCGUGAGCUCCUCAGGGAAUGACAAUACAGAGAAUGGGUUGCAUGGCUCCAAGGCAGAAGAGAAACCACCCACAAAAGUGUGA